UCCUCUCUACUAGUGUCUGCGGAAGCCUCCGCUCUAUACUUGCCAGCAGCGGCAAAAAUUUAGCAGCAGCGAUUAUGAUGGUACCAUUGACAAGCUCAACCAAAAUUGCAUUACUUUCCACCAAUACCAACGGAUAUCCUCCUCUCAAAUUCCCCUUCCAAAUCGGCAAAAAGAACACUUUCCGGAAAUGCAACAGUUUCGGAUUUCGGUCCCCAAAGAAACAAAGUUGGAGCUGCUCUGCAUCCGAGCAACCCCAACCCCUAAACCCACCUCAACAAAACGAGAAAAGACAACCCAAAUUCAAGAAAAAGCAAACCAAACAUGCUGAUAAAGGGGUCGACCCAGUUGGGUUCCUCACCAAACAUGGCAUUUCACAUAAAGCCUUCGCCUUUUUCCUUCGUGAAAGGUACAAAGCGUUGAAGGACUUGCGGGAUGAGAUUUUUAAUCGUUACCUCAACCUAAAGGAGCUGGCUUCUGGAUAUGAACUACUGGGAAUGCAACGAAAUGCGCAGCAUCGGGUGGAUUUCUUGGAGUGGGCUCCAGGUGCUCGUUAUUGUGCUAUUGUUGGAGAUUUUAAUGGCUGGUCACCCACAGAAAAUUGUGCCAGGGAGGGUCAUUUUGGCCAUGAUGACUAUGGUUACUGGUUUAUUAUUCUUGAAGACAAAUUACGGGAAGGUGAAGAACCAGAUGAAUUCUACUUUCAACAGUACAAUUACGUGGAUGAUUACGAUAAAGGUGACAGUGGUGUUACAGUUGAAGAGAUGUUUAAGAAAGCAAAUGAUGAAUAUUGGGAACCUGGUGAAGACCGCUUCAUUAAGUCACGUUAUGAAGCGGUAGCUAAGCUGUAUGAGCAGAUAUUUGGCCCUAAUGGGCCUCAAACGGAAGAGGAGCUGGAAGAGAUAGCUGAUCCAGAAACUAGGUACAAGGCCUGGAAAGCGCAGCAUAGAGAUGAUCCACCAAGCAACUUACCUUCUACUCAUGUGAUAGAUACUGGAAUGAAAGAGUAUGAUGUUUUCAACAUCAUAGACGAUCCUGUAUGGCUAGAGAAAUUCCGUGCUAAGAGUCCUCCCAUUGCCUACUGGUUGGAGACACGUAAAGGAAGGAAAGCGUGGUUGAAAAAGUAUAUGCCUGGUAUCCCCCAUGGGAGCAAAUAUAGAGUAUAUUUUAAUACUCCAACAGGGCCUCUGGAAAGGGUUCCUGCCUGGGCCACUUAUGUAGUCCCAGAUGCAGAUGGCAAGCAAGCUUUUGCAAUCCACUGGGAACCACCUCCUGAAUCUAAAUAUAAAUGGAAGCACAAGCAUCCACCAAAGCCAAAGACUUUACGCAUAUAUGAAUGUCAUGUUGGAAUCAGUGGACAAGACCCAAAAGUUGCAUCUUUUGAUGUUUUCAUUCAAAAGGUCCUGCCUCACGUAAAAGAAGCUGGUUACAAUGCAAUCCAAUUGAUUGGACUUGUUGAGCACAAAGACUACUUUACGGUUGGGUAUAGAGUGACUAAUUUUUAUGCUGUUAGCAGCCGUUAUGGUACACCAGAGGACUUUAAGCGCUUGGUUGAUGUAGCACAUGGACUUGGGUUACUAGUCUUCUUAGACAUUGUCCACUCAUAUGCAGCAGCUGACGAAAUGGUUGGUUUAUCACUUUUUGACGGAUCAAAUGAUUGCUACUUCCAUUCUGGUAAACGAGGCAAUCACAAAUUCUGGGGUACAAGAAUGUUCAACUAUGCAGAUCAAGAUGUGCUGCACUUUCUUCUUUCAAAUCUGAAUUGGUGGGUGGAGGAGUAUCAAGUUGAUGGUUUCCAUUUUCAUUCCCUUGGAUCAAUGAUGUAUACACACAAUGGAUUUGCUACAUUUACGGGUGACCUGGAGGAGUAUUGCAAUCAAUAUGUUGACAAGGAUGCAUUGUUAUACCUAAUUUUGGCAAAUGAUAUACUACAUGCUCUUCAUCCUAAUAUUAUCACCAUUUCUGAAGAUGCAACACUUUAUCCUGGACUAUGCGAGCUGACUUCCCAGGGUGGAUUAGGAUUUGAUUAUUUUGUCAAUCUUUCUGCACCGGAGAUGUGGUCAUCAUUCCUUGAGAACACCCCUGAUCAUGAAUGGAGCAUGAGUAAGAUUGUGAGCACCUUAGUAGGCAACCAACAAAAUACAGAAAAGAUGCUCUUGUACGCUGAAAACCACAACCAGUCCAUAUCUGGAGGGCAGUCCUUUGCAGAAGUAUUGUUUGGUGAUACAAUUGGCUGCUCUUCUGUUACGGAGGAGUCAUUGCUUAGAGGUUCUUCGCUGCACAAGAUGAUCAGGUUGAUUACAUUUACAAUUGGUGGUUCAGCAUAUCUCAACUUCAUGGGUAAUGAAUUUGGGCACCCAAAGAGAGUUGAAUUCCCUAUGGUGAGCAACAAUUAUUCAUAUGCACUUGCUAAUCGUCAAUGGGACCUCUUGUUGAAGGAAGGAGUGCACAAUCAGUUGUUUACUUUUGAUAAGGAUAUGAUGCACCUGGAUGAAGUUGAAGGAAUUCUUUCAAAAGGUUCAGGAGGUCAUUCCAACAUUCAUCACGUUAAUGAUCCUCCUAUGGUUAUUGCCUAUAUUAGAGGUCCUUUCCUCUUUGUGUUCAAUUUUCAUCCCACAAAUUCAUAUCACAGAUACAGCAUUGGUGUGGAGGAAGCUGGAGAGUAUCAUAUUAUUCUUAAUACAGACGAAAAGAAAUACGGCGGUCAAGGAUCUUUUGAGCAUGACCAGUAUGUUCAAAGAACUAUCAAUAGAAGAGUUGAUGGAUUGCAUACUUGCUUAGAAGUGUUUCUUCCAAGUAGAACUGCUCAGGUCUACAAGUUAACGAGGAUACUAAGAGUAUGAACUCUUUGCUGUAAGAACCCCAAAUAUCUUCAUAUAUUUAGAGCGGAUCAGGAAGCGUAAAUUCAGGAUUCAAGCUUGAUGAUUUCAUUGGCCCAGUCCUAGAACCUUCAAUAAUGUGUCCAUGACCAUGUCAUCCAUUUGUGGUUCGUUGGUUGUUGGUCAUUGUCCAUGGUUCUUGAUCCUAAGGUUCUCCAACUACUCGCCCGCCCUGAAUCAGGACUCCCAUCUGGAAAUUGUUCAUCUUGUCGGGCAGGUUUUGGAUAUAGAACCACUGGCUUUGCCUUUUCGAUUCAAAGAAAUGGGAGAGAGUUUUGGACUCUCGAUGUUCUUGGAUUCAUGGUACUUUGCUUCCCCGUAAUUAUCAUUCAAUAUACAGAUGUAGCUCAAUCUUUUUUUGGAGCCAUCUCUGUAUACGUACUCCAGUGUAGUACAGAUAUACAACGAAAUGAUGGCAUAGAAACGCGUUGAAAGCUCUCUAAUUGGAAGCAACAGCCUUCGACAUCGUAGCAGCAGAUUCUCAAUGUA